AUGGCGAUGGAUAUGAUAAUGGCGUUUGCGAUGAUGGUGAUGAUGAUGGUGGUGGUGUUGAUGGUGGUAAUGAUCAUGAUAACGAUGGCGAUGGAUAUGACAAUGACGUUUGCGAUGAUGGUGGUGAACACAAAUAUUGUCUAUUUUUAUGUGCACAAUGUGCACGAAUAUUGCCACGCGGAUACACCAAGUAUCCCUGUUUUUCUGUGCAUGUGGGACAGCAGAGCUCGAGAGAAGCAUUGGGUGGAGAGGAAUUGGCCUCCAAGAUCUGACCUCAAACCUGGUGAUCCCAACUUUCUGCAUGAGCCACUUGUUGACAGAAAGAAAAUUAUAUUCCCACCUCUGCACAUAAAACCUGGUCUCAUGAAGCAAUUUGUUAAAGCAUUGCCAACUCAAUGCAACUGUUUCAAGUACCUCAUUUUGGCAUUUCCUGGCCUGACAGUUGAAAAAAAUCAAGACCUUGUCAAGAACUUUCUUGGAAAUACACCAACAAAGAACUACACCAAAAUUGUCCAGAAACUAUUAGAGAGCUACAAAACGCUUGGUUGUAACAUGAUCAUCAAGUUGAAUUUUCUGCAUAGCCAUCUUGCUAACUUCCUCGAAAACCUUGGUGAUGGACAAGGUGAACGAUUCCACCAAGAUUUGAAGGUCAUGAAGGAACGAACUGAUUCCAGGAAACAAAGAAGAAACCUCAAGAUGGAGGUUGUUCUUUCAAGAGACAAGAUCACCGAGCAACAGGUCGAUGCUAUUGUAAACUGUAUUCUGUCAGAUAUACAGUUGUCCGAUUGUGAUGGAUCUUCUACAAGGAUUGAUAUCAAAGUUGAACGUCAUCGAAACAUGGAGAUAUAUAGCACACCUCUGCACAUGUGGUCAUAUGAAGGAGAGAAAAUACUGAAGACAUUGGUGAUGUCCUGUUUUAAAAAGGCAGAGGGAGCCCGGCAUACCUCCAUUGCUUUUGCCACACAUACUAUGGCGAUACUCCAGUAUCCUCCUGAUGUGGUGGCCAGAGUGUUCUUUGCAGCAAUCAUCAAAUUUGCAGAAAUAAUGCCAAAUUAUCUUCAGAAAGUUGUUCUCGUUGUUCCUCCUUCUGCAAAAGCUUUCAUUAAGGCAUUUGAUAAAGAACGCUUGAAGCAUGUAUUCGAAUCAAACAUACAGCUCAAUUCAGUACUGGACCAAACUCCUCUUCAUUUUCCUCGAAAGCGGACAUAUCGUCGGAUACGAAGAUCUGGUGUGUCCUAUAUCGUUGGCGAUCUCGUCAAGCAGAAGGUUGAUGUCAUCGUGAAUUCCACCGGAAAUAGAUUAAAUCUCAGCUUCGGACCAAUAAGCGAGAUAAUACUAGAAGCUGCUGGACCAUGUAUUCAGGAGGAAUGCCAAAGGAAUUACCCGACUGGGAUUGGAAGCUGGGGCGUGGCUGUCACAAGUGGUGGCAGCAUAAAUUGCAAGCAGAUUUAUCACAUAAGCCUCGUUCGUUCCGAGUGGUCAUCCGUUGAACAGAAAUACAAAGACAUCAUCAACUGUUUGUUGGAAAAAGCUGACUCUGCAGGCCACACGUCAAUGGCAUUUCCAGUUCUGGGAACUGGUCUGAUCCAGUACCCAAGUGAUCAAGUGGCAAAAAGCCUCUUUGAAACAGCCGUGGCAUUUCAUGGAAAUCAUCUGAAAAACAUCCUUUUCGUUGUGCAUCCAAAAGAUUUUGCUAACCGAAAGGCAUUUGAAAAGGAAGAACUAAAUCACAUUCAGCUGGAGGAACACGUUCUAGAUGAAGUUAUAAAGAGAGGUGCAGCGUGCAGCAUUAGCUUGGUGAAAGGCGACAUUGCCAACCAAAAUGUGGAUGUCAUUAUUAACUCAACAAGUCCAAAGCUCCACUCCAUGGGCGGAUCAUUAGCAAGAGCUGGUGGUGAUACCCUUCUACAGGAAUAUAAAACAAAGUAUCCAAAUGGAAUUAAAUCUGGCGAAAUUGCUGUGACUGGAGGGGGAGGUCUUAACUGCAGGAAUGUUUACCAUAUUACACUGGACCAGUGGUCCCCAGAUGAAAAAAACUGUUAA